AUGUCGACUCCCCUGGACAAUUGGCAUGUGGACGAAAUAUUCACGGAGCUCGGCUCCAAAGACGCCGGCCGGCAGAAACGCGCUGCCAGCAGGCUGCGCGACCAGUUUGUGGCCGUGUCGCGCGAGGCCAUCACGGCCGAACAACUAAGUGUCUACAACAACUACAUCAACAAACGGAUAUUCGAUCUCAUCAACAGUUCGAGCGUCUCGCAGCAGCUGGGCGGCAUUGAGGCGAUCAACGCGCUUGUGGAGCUGAUCAGCAGCUCGCUGCCGCGCAUUGGGGCCUCGUCUACCACGGAAGAGAACUCCAACAUGAUCGCCCGGUACGCUAACUAUCUCCGUCGGCUGAUCACGUCGAGCGACCUGGCGGUCAUGAGACGGGCCACCAAGACGCUCGGCAAGCUGGCCAUUCCGGGGGGCUCGCUCACGGGCGAUUUUGUGGAGUUCGAGGUCAAGCGGUCGAUCGAGUGGCUCGUUGCGGAGAAAGUGGAAAACAAAAAACACGCAGCCAUCCUGAUCAUCAGCUCGCUGGCAGAAAAUGCCUCUGCAAUGCUGUAUCCGUACAUCAAGGAGGUGCUGUCGAAUAUCUGGAUCGGCUUGCGGGACUCGAAAAGCCUGUUGAGAGAAGAUUCGGCCAUCUGUCUGCGGCACUGUCUGAAUAUCGUCUACGAGCGAGACCUGGAGCUCAGAAGCUACUGGUUCUCGAAACUGUACACGGAGGCGACGCUGAUCUUCCGCAACUCUCUUGCGACGUCCAACGGCAGCGGCCCCGUGGUCAACAACAACCCUUCGGAGUUCAUUCACGGGUCCCUGUUGUGCUACAGAGAGCUGGUUCUCCAGGGCUCGUCGCUGCUGCACUCAAAAAUCGACGACAUCUAUGAGAACCUCAUGGGCAUCAAGGACCACCGCUCCGUCGAUGUGAGAAGAGAGGUCACCAAGAUCAUGCCGAUUCUCGCGAGAUUCGACAGAGUCAAGUUUGUGGACAAAUACAUGCAUCGCGUGCUGCUGUACUACAUUUCGCAGCUGAAGAUCGGAAAAGACCGCUCGUUUAUUUUGCUGAGCAUCGGAGACCUCUCGGUGGAGGCCAAAAACAACAUCAUCAACUAUCUUGACGGUGUCGUGCUCGAAAGCAUCAAGGACGCGCUGGCGUCGAAGGUGCCGAAGACAAAGAAAGAGCUCGUUCCGUACUGUUUCUACUGUCUGGCGAAAUUGGCCAUUUCUCUCGGACCACCACUGACAAAAUUCAUCAACAACUACCAGCUCAUGACACUCAUUCUCAAAUCUCCAAUCAACGACAACAUGCUGAGUCUGCUCAAAAUAUUCAUCGAUAAUCUCCCGUCCUUGGAGCCCAUGAUCAACGAAAAGCUGAUCAACGCAGUCAGCUUCUGUCUCUCGGGCUUCGAGUUCAAACACCCAGGAGCUCCCGACUUCAAGCGGCAAAUGAACGCCAGUCUUGCACACAACUACCGUCACAGCAUGUACGUCAGGGACGGUGGCCAGUUCAACACGCCGCCGGUGGAUAUCACGUCGCUCACUGGGCUGCCGAAGAGCCACUACCAGGAAGAGCCAGACGUGGUGAUUAUUUUGCAGGCACUCAAGACUCUGAGCUACUUUGACUUCAGAAACUACUCUCUCACAGAAUUUGUCCGCUACUCUGUCAUCCACUACAUGGACCACGACAGUCCCGAGGUGCGGCUGCGAGCAGCUCUGACUUCGUCGAAAAUAUAUCUUUCCGACCCGAUCUGCCUCCAAAAGAGCCUAAACUCUCUGAAAGCUGUGAGCGAGGUUCUUGACAAAUUGCUCACUGUUUGCAUAACUGACCCGUACGAGGAGAUCCGUCUGGAAGUGCUCAACAGCCUGGGCGAGAGAUUCGACCCUCAGUUGUCGCAGGCCGAAAACGUGAGGCUGCUCUUCAUGGCUCUGAACGACGAGUCGUUUGAAAUCCGCAAGGCGGCCAUCAAGCUGGUCGGAAGACUCGCAGCAAUUAACCCGGCGUACAUAGUGCCAUCGUUGCGCAAGCUGCUCAUCCAGCUGCUCACCACGCUAGAGUACGGCGGCCACAACUCCAGAGAGAAAGAAGACACGGCUCUAUUGCUUGCUGUGCUGAUUUCGCACACAGGCGACCUCACAAAGCCAUAUUUCAAGCCCAUCAUGGACGUGCUGCUGCCUGCCAGCACAGAAUCGGGCGCUUCUGUUGCAGCGGCGGCGAUCGCGGCGAUCGGCGAGCUGGCCGUGGUGGUCGGCGACGAAAUGGUGCAGUACAUUCCGCAGCUGAUGCCGAUAUUCAUCGAAACGUUCCAGGACCAAAGCAUGAGUUUCAAGCGGGACGCAGCGCUGAAAACGCUCGGCCAGAUCGCCGGGUCCUCGGGCUACGUCAUCCAGCCGCUGCUCGAUUAUCCGCAGCUUCUGGGGCUGCUGGUGAACAUUCUCAAGUCGGAGACGUCGCUGGCGGUGCGACGCGAAACCGUGCGUCUUGUCGGGAUUCUGGGCGCUCUUGAUCCGUACAAACACAGAGAGGUGGAGAGACACGGCCAGGACUCGCAGACGGUGGCAGAGCAGAACGCGCCGCCUGUGGACAUGGAGUUGCUGAUGAAGGGCAAGUCGCCGUCGAACGAGGACUACUUCCCGACAGUGGUGAUCAAGACGCUGCUGCGCAUCUUGAAGGACGCCUCGCUGAGCACCCAUCAUCCGGCCGUCAUCCAGGCUAUCAUGCACAUCUUCAAAACGCUGGGCAUCAAGUGCGUUCCUUUCCUCGACAAGGUGAUCCCUGGUUUCGCGACCGUAAUCCACACGUGUCCGCCCUCGUUGCUGGAGACGUACUUCCAGCAGCUCGCUGAUUUGAUCAAGAUCGUCAAGUUGCACAUCCGUCCUCAUUUGCCAGACAUCUUUUCUCUCAUCGAGGAAUAUUUCCCCCAGGUGAAUCUCCAGGUCACCAUUAUAGGCAUGAUAGAGCAGGUCUCGAAGGCGCUGGACGACGAGUUCAAAAUAUACAUGUUUCAGGUGAUUACCAUUUUUCUGGACGUGCUGGACAAGGACAACUUGCCGCGCAAGGUGUCGACGUUGCGCGUUCUCAAGGCGUUCACCGUUUUUGGCAGCAACGUCGAGCCGUACAUGCACCUCGUGAUUCCGCAGAUAGUGAAGCUUUUCGAGUCGCCGGAGGAAUCUGUCAGUAAGGAGGCCAUUGACACUAUUGGAAAACUGUCUAAACACGUCAGCUUGAACGACUACUCAUCCAGAAUUGUGCAGCCGUUGAUAAGAAUUCUGGUCUCUCAUUCUUCCGAAGACGUCAAGAACUCUGCCGUGAACACCAUCUGUCUGCUGUUGCUGCAGAUGGGCGCCGAGUUUUCUGUGUUCAUCCCCGGCAUCACCAGCAUCAUGACCAAACACAGACUGCAGUAUCCGGUUUACGACCAGCUGGUUGAUAAAUUAAUUCACGGCGAGCCGCUGCCAACCACUCUGCUGAACGACAAGUCACAGGAAACUUCAUCCAACGACAAUUUCGACAUUGAGGCCACGCCGCGGAAACUGCCUGUCAACGCUCAGGCUCUACGCUACGUCUGGGACUGCAAUAGCAUGCGCACAAAGGAGGACUGGCAGGAAUGGAUCCGCAGACUGAGCAUUGAGCUGCUCAAGGAGUCGCCGUCGCCGGCUCUGCGUGCGUGCUCCUCGCUGGCUACCGUUUAUCCGCCGCUAGCCAGAGACCUCUUCAACUGUGCGUUUGCAAGCUGCUGGAACGAGCUGCACAUCCAGUACCAGGGAGAAUUGGCCCAGGCGCUGUGCAUCGCGCUGUCGUCGCCCAACAACCUGCCAGAGAUCCACCAGACGCUCCUGAAUCUCGCCGAGUUCCUCGAGCACGACGACAAGUCGCUGCCGAUCAGGAUUCAGACGCUGUCGCAGUACGCGCAGCGGAGCCACGUGUACGCCAAGGCGCUGCACUACAAGGAGCUGGAGUUCAUCCAGGAGCCGUCGACGCCGACGAUCGAGUCGCUGAUCAGCAUCAACAACCAGCUGCAGCAGUCGGAUGCUGCGAUUGGAAUUCUAAAGUACGCGCAAGACCACCACGGCCUGCAGCUCAAGGAAACGUGGUACGAAAAGCUCCAGCGCUGGGACGACGCGCUGCGCGCCUACAACGAGCGCGAGAAGGAGGAGCCGAACUCCACGGAUAUCACCAUGGGAAAAAUGAGAUGUCUGCACGCUCUGGGCGAAUGGGAGCUGUUGAGCGAGCUGGCGCAGGAUAAAUGGAACAACUCGUCUGGUGACAUCAAAAGAGCCAUUGCGCCCCUGGCUGCCGCGGCCGCGUGGGGCCUUGGACAAUGGGAGCGCAUGGGCAACUACAUCAGCGUCAUGAAGGUGGAGUCGCCGGAUAAGGCGUUCUUCAACGCUAUUUUGUGUCUGCACAGAAACAACUUUGGGGAGGCCGCAGAGCAGAUCUCAAAAGCCAGGGACCUCCUGGUGACGGAAAUCACUGCGUUGGUGAGCGAGUCGUACAACAGAGCGUACGGCGUGGUUGUGAGAGUGCAGAUGCUGGCGGAGCUCGAGGAAAUCAUUAAAUACAAGUGCCUGCCCCAGGGCUCCGAAAAACGCAUCCAGAUCCGCGAAACGUGGAACAAACGUCUCUUGGGCUGCCAGCGCAACGUGGACAUCUGGCAAAGGAUGCUCAAGGUGCGUGCUCUGGUCGUGAAGCCGAAACAGGACAUGGAAAUGUGGAUCAAGUUUGCCAACCUGUGCCGCAAAUCGGGCCGGCUGGGGCUCGCCGAAAAGUCGCUGAACGCGCUUCUGGACGAGGGCGACUCGGGCCACCAGACGUCGAGGGCUCCGCCGCACGUGGUGUACGCGCAGCUGAAGUACAUGUGGGCCAGAGGCCAGCAGCGAGAGGCGCUCAACCACCUCAUCGACUUUGCGUCGAAGCUGUCACGUGACCUCGGCGUGAACGAGAACGAGGCCAUUACACAGCCGCUGCCGACGGCGAUUCCGGGCGCCUCGGACAACAUUGAGCGGUACACCAUGCUGCUGGCGAGAUGCUACUUGAAACAGGGCGAGUGGAAGAUCGCUCUGAACAGCAACUGGACGGAGAUGGAGUCCACGGGCAUCCUGGGCUCGUUCCUUCUGGCUACGCACUUCGACCCCACGUGGUACAAGGCCUGGCACAACUGGGCACUUGCCAACUUCGAGGUGAUCUCUCCGCAGGCUAAGCAGUUGCACGAGGAGAACGCCGACGUGGACGAGAACAGUCUGGGCGGCAUUCUGCACUACGUGGUGCCGGCCGUUAAGGGAUUUUUCCACUCGAUCUCGCUGUCGCAGUCCAACCCGCUCCAGGACACGCUGAGACUGCUGACGCUGUGGAUCAAGUACGGAGGCAUUGAGGAGGUGGCCGACGCGAUGCAGGAAGGGUUCCAGCUGGUGAAGGUCGACACGUGGCUGGACGUGAUUCCGCAGCUGAUCUCGCGGAUCCACCAGCCGGACCCCGUGGUGAGCAAGUCGCUUCUGGGCCUGCUGUCGGACCUGGGGCGUGCGCAUCCGCAGGCGCUGAUCUAUCCGCUCACUGUGGCCAUCAAGUCCGACAGCGUCUCGCGGCAGAGAGCAGCUCUGACGAUCAUCGACAAGAUGCGGGCGCACUCGGCGCGGCUGGUCGACCAGGCGGACCUCGUGAGCAACGAGCUGAUCCGCGUGGCGGUGCUGUGGCACGAGAUGUGGUACGAGGGGCUCGAGGACGCGUCGCGGUCGUACUUUGGCGACCAGAACAUCGAGAAGAUGUUCCAGAUCCUGACACCUCUGCACCAGAUGCUCGAGAAAGGUCCAGAGACGAUCCGCGAGGCGUCGUUUGUGAACGCUUUUGGCAAGGAGCUGAACGAUGCGCACCAGUGGCUGAUGAAUUUCCGGCGCACAAAAGACGUGGCGUACCUGAACCAGGCGUGGGACCUGUACUACGGCGUGUUCCGCCGCAUUUCCAGACAGCUGCCGCAGCUGCAGAACCUGGACCUGCAGCACGUUUCUCCGAAGCUGCUGGCCGCAAAGGACCUCGAGCUCGCUGUUCCGGGGACGUAUGUGCCGGGCAAAGAGGUGAUUCGCAUCGUGCGUUUUGAGCCGGUGUUUUCUGUGAUCACGUCCAAGCAGAGGCCUCGCAAGUUCAACGUUCUGGGCAGCGACGGCAAGAAAUACCAGUAUCUGCUCAAGGGCCACGAGGAUAUCCGGCAGGACAACCUGGUGAUGCAGCUGUUUGGACUGGUGAACACGCUGCUUGCGAACGACGCCGAGUGUUUCAAGCGGCACAUGGAUAUCCAGCAGUACGCUGCGAUCCCGCUGUCUCCAAGCUCGGGCAUGCUUGGCUGGGUUCCUAACUCUGACACGUUCCAUGUUUUGAUCAAGGAGUACAGAGAGCCGCGCAAGAUCCUGCUUGACGUGGAGCACCGUAUCAUGCUGCAGAUGUCUCCGGACUAUGACAAUUUGACGCUGCUGGAGAAGGUGGAGGUGUUCACGUACGCGCUGGACAUUACGCGGGGACAGGACCUGUACAAGGUGCUGUGGUUCAAGUCGAAGUCGUCGGAGGCGUGGCUGGACAGACGAACGACGUACACGCGCUCGUUGGCGGUGAUGUCGAUGGUUGGAUAUAUUCUGGGUCUCGGGGAUAGACACCCCUCGAACCUGAUGAUGGACAGGAUCACUGGAAAAGUGAUCCACAUCGACUUUGGCGACUGUUUUGAGGCGGCCAUAUUGAGAGAAAAGUACCCGGAAAAAGUGCCGUUCAGACUGACUCGGAUGCUGAGCUACGCGAUGGAGGUGAGCGGCAUCGAGGGCUCGUUCCGGAUCACGAGCGAGAACGUAAUGCGCGUGCUCCGGGACAACAAGGAGUCGCUGAUGGCCAUUCUGGACGCGUUCGCGUACGACCCGCUGAUCAACUGGGGUUUCGACUUCCCGCUGAAACAGAUCGUCGACAACCCGAACCAGCACUUCCCGAACGCCAACUACAACGAGCUGCUGCGCAGCGGCCAGAUCACCGAGGAGGAGGCCGCCCGGAUGGAGGCGCAGAACAAGGCAGACAUCUUGAACGCGCGUGCUGCGUACGUUCUGAAGCGUAUCACUGACAAGCUGACGGGCAACGACUUCAAGCGGUUCCGGGAGCUGGACGUUCCGAGCCAGGUCGACAAGCUCAUCCAGCAGGCCACGUCUGUGGAGAACCUCUGCCAGCACUACAUAGGAUGGUGUUCUUUUUGGUAA